AGAGAAGGUGAAGGAUCAUUUUGGCUUUGAGCUGACUGAGGACAUCCCAUCACCAGAGCUGUUGCAUCUAGUGGCACUCAACUCAGACAUGAAGAUCUUUGCUCUUUUCAUUGCUGUGCUCCUUCUACUGCUCCAAGGCACUUUAGGUUUCAUGCGUGCACCCAGCAACCAUGAGCAAUGCAAAGAGGCUGGGGGUAUCUGUGCCGCUGGCCGCUGCCCUCUGCCGAACACCAGGUCCUUUGGGCGCUGCCAGAAAGGGGUCCCCUGCUGUCAGGCUGUGUAUGAUUAGUGACUGUUAGGAUCUCCAACCAAGUGAGCAGAGCUGUUGGCAAUGCAAGAAAUGCAUCAUCCCACUGGAAAAACUCUGA